UGAUAUAAAAUGACAAAGUAUUUGUACUUUGUUACAUUAAAACACUGCUGGCACUAAUGCAGUUUCUAUAAUGUGGGUUGACUUGGUAAGCAGUGGGAUCAUAGAUGCUCUGCAGCAGAGAUUAGUGUGUGUUAUUGUGUAGCUGUAGGUGUGUUUGUUUACAUACUAACUCUUGGUGUGGCUUUGAGACUCAGACAGGUGAGAGAGAUGCAUCAUGGGCAGGAAUGGACCAAAGAGUCAGCCGUCAUGUCACAAAGCAGCCCGCAUCACUGUAGCCUCCUCCACCUGGAGCUGAGCCCCCGGUGGAGUGUGUGUGUGAAAGGGGACCCUGCCAGCCUCCAUGGCUCACUUGUCAGACCCAUCCCGCAGGGAGAAGACCCCUGGGUCCCAAGGGUCACAUACUGCCACACGCAACCUCUUGCGGAAGAAGGAGCAGCGCCGGCGUGGAAUCCGAUCCUCGUCGCCCAUGGGCCGGGUCAUCCUCAUCAACUCUCCUGUGGAUGGUGGAGAUGACAGCGAGGACCUCCAUACCAUCACAGUGGAUAAGAGUGUGGAUGGAAAGCUUGGCUUCAGCGUGCGCGGAGGCUCCGAACAUGGCCUCAGCAUCUUUGUCAGUAAGGUGGAGGACAACAGUACAGCAGAGGAGGCAGGCCUUCAAGUGGGGGAUAAAUUGGUGGAGGUGAACGGGAUCAGCCUGGAGAGCAUCACCAUGAGCAGCGCUGUGAAGGUCCUGACGGGAAACAACAGGCUGAGGAUGGUGGUGAGACGUGUUGGCAAAGUCCCCGGCAUCCGCUUCUCCAAGGAGAAGACUACCUGGGUGGACUUGAUACACAGGCGUAUGGUGGUGGAGGAGAGUGGGCGGACACCUUCAGAGGCCAGCUCCGGCAGUGCCCUCCAAAGGAUUGUGCACCUUUACACCACCUCCGAUGAUUACUGCCUUGGCUUUAACAUCCGUGGGGGAAAGGAGUUUGGUCUGGGCAUCUAUGUCUCCAAACUGGAUCCUGGUGGUCUGGCUGAGCAGAAUGGAAUAAAGAUGGGGGACCAGAUCCUGGCUGCCAAUGGUGUGAGCUUUGAGGACAUCAGCCACAGCAGUGCUGUGGAGGUGCUGAAGAGCCACACACACAUCAUGUUGACCAUCAAGGAAGCAGGACGAUACCCUGCCUAUAAGGAGAUGGUGGCAGAAUACAGGUGGCUCAAUAAGUUGGCCAAUGGCACUCAGAAAUCUUCCUCCCAGGGUUCAGAAUCCAACUCCUCAGCCUCGUCUCUGUCGUCUGGGACUCCUGUCAGCUCUUUGAGCGGCCUGUCUCAGGUCAUGUUCCCUCCCAGCCUGCCGUUUGGCUCAGACAUGGUGGAUGUCAGCAUCUCCACUGAGGACCAGAGGUUUGAGUCUGAGCGAACAGAGACUGCCAUCCAGACAGACCUUCCUUCUCAGAGGAUGGGUGCAGAAACCACUCGCAGCCUGGGACCAACCACUCUGCUCAGAGACACAGUGAUCGGUGGAGAGGAGGGCAAGGGGAGCAGAGAGUCACCCAAGACAGCCAUGCUGCUGGCUCUUAGCAGGCCAAGUCGACCAAUCACUCGGUCACAGAGCCAAGUCACUGUGGCGGAAGCCACGCAGAAGAAAGAGAAGAAGCAGAAAAAGAAGGACCCAGAGCAGAAGAGCACACUGCAGCGCUCAAAGACCUUUGUUAACUUGUUGUUCAAGGGUGGACACAAGAGAGACACGUCCAGGGGACGCUCCAAGUCCCCGUCUACAAAAGAAGGUCGAAAGCAAAUGCCAAAUUCAGAGAUGCUUGGGGUAGUGGAGGACAUGGCUCGUAGGCUGCUGACUGAGGAGGAGGUGUCUGCUGUGAUGACGUCGUGUCGACGGUACACAGCCGAGCGGUCAGUGGAGAACUUGAUACGCCACCUGCUGGCCGUGCUGGACCGGCCCGAAAAACUGCUUCUGCUGAGGGAAGUCAGAAUGCUGCUUCCACCUCACGACCUGAAUGCAUUCAAUAACAUGGUGACUCCGAUAGAAGUCGAGGCCUAUGAUAUCCUCAAGUAUCGCUCAGUUCGAACUCCUCCUCUUCGCUCUCCCAUGUCUGGUCGAGCACCCAAACGACGCCUCAUCACUCCCAUCCCAGAUUACAAAGGAGGCUUUGAGCUACACAGUGCUGAGGAGGUGGAGAAGGAGAGCCAUCUACUGGGGGAGCUGGAGAAGCUCAGUCUAUCUGGAACCCAUCGGACCAGGGAGCGGCCGCACACUACUUCCACAUCCUUCACUCCUCUGCUGGACAUACCUGUGGACGGAUACAACACAGAGUUCAAAGAACUUGGAUCCCGCUCCGCGAGCACCAUGCUCCCCAACUGGCUGCUGGCCCGGAGCAAUGACUCCCACCCUCCUCUCCGAACAGACAUCGGCACCAUUCGCUCUGUGCACUUUGACGAAGUGUCACUGCACUCUUCCUCAGACAGGGCCGACUCAGAGAGAGGACGCUCCCCAUUCAGAAAUGGUCACUCUAAAAGCAAAAAGGAGAAACGUGGAGAGAGGAGUAAAGAGACGGUGUUCACGCUGCAGAGUGCCGCUCGCAGGAGUCGGCCUGCGUUAUCGCAUGUGUUUGGUUCGAGUCCACAUCAGCAGGUCGGGUGUGAACACAUGAACAGCCAUCAAGCGUCUUCUGAAAAUGGACUCAACGGUUCGGUCACUGAGCAGGAGUUUGAGCUCAAAACUGUCACCAUCUCCAAGACCAAACAGUCACUGGGAAUCAGUAUAUCUGGAGGGAUGGAGUCGAAGAUUCAGCCAGUGGUGAAGAUUGAGAAAAUCUUCCCUGGAGGAGCUGCCUCCACCUGUGAAGUGCUCAAGGCUGGAUUUGAGUUGGUGUCUGUGGAUGGAGUUACCUUACAAGGUGUUACACAUCAGCAUGCCGUGGACAUCAUCCGAAAAGCCUUCAGCAACAAGGCCAAAGACCCCAUGGUGUUUGUGGUCAAAGUCCCUAAAAACAUUUAAAGAGACUGCUCAUUGUGAAUGUGGAUGAAUCGUCUCUGGUGAUUUUAACAGAGGCAGGAAAACCUGAGCACGGCUGAGGUCAGGUAUGUUUUUAUUGCCAUUCAUUUUAACGUGACGACAUGGACACCAUGGCUGUGGAGAAUGAGAGGAAUGUUGUCAUGUACGAGAAAACGGCAAAAGAGAUCCUCACAAACACUCGAUCAUGAUAAAUGUUGCUCCUGACGCCUUGAUGUCACUUCAUCAAAACCCAGGAGCCAAGAUCGUCGCUUUCAUUUUACAUUUUAUGUUGUAAAAACAUUCAUCAGUGUACCGAAGAUGUGUUUUCAGCAAUGUCUGAGCUCUUUAAUUAAAAAAGAAAUUGCAGGAUAACAAACUGUAACUUGAGUGCCUUCAAAAACACUGUGGACUGUUUGAUGUUUGACCUGUAGAAGGCAGACGUGAGCCGUGCACAAACAUUUCUGUUAAUGAAGAAUCCCAGUGUAAUCCCAGAGCACAAACCUACAUUGUCUAAAUGUAAACAAGCACAGGGCUGUUAAGUAAAUAAUCCAGGUAUAAGGUCUGUUAAACACACCUGAAAAAUAAAUCUCCAGUUAUAUUACAAAAGCUUGUAGGACUUUUUGAACACAUCUCCAUGUACCACAGGCAGCUUUAGCAUUUUGUCUUUUUUAAUUAAAAACAUAGGUUUGUUCAGUAAAUGUACAGCAUGAAAAUAUACAUUUAAUGUCUUUAUACAAAUAUUGUGGAUUAUAAAAUUAUACUACGGAACCAGAACAAACAUCCACACCGACAUUAAUAUACAGGCGUUGUAUCUAUACUGUAGGAGCAGAGUAUACUGUGCAUUGCUUUGGUCUAUUCACAGUGGCUAUGUUUUUAUUCUUUUUUUUUUUUUGAGAUAGAAAUACAUCUCUGGAAUGAAACUUAAUACUUCUAUGUUUAAUUACAGAGAGGAUUAUAGUUCAAAUCAGCAGUGAUAAGAGGAACAAGUGUUCUCAUUGUAGUGUCGUGAAAUACAUACACGUGAAACACAGACUCUAAUUUUAGAAGCUGCUGAAAAAUCGUCACGUCAAUGUCCAAGUAGUUUUUCGACUUCACACUCAAACAUCAUUCAGUGCAUGGAAGACACAAAUCCUACAAACACGUCACACUAGUCACAUGUGCAUUUCUGGUUGAGUGGACAAAUAUAACUUUGGCCUUAUAUUAGCAAAUUAUGGGACGGAAUUUAAAACACUAAGUGUGAGCUACUGUAUAUGGAGGCUAUAUUAAGUUUAUCAUGGUGUACACAAUGGUUGUGAUCUCCCUUUUUUGUAUGAGGCUUAAGUGUGCUAUUUUGAAUAUCAAUGUCGGGACUGCACAUAACACGCAUCUUUCUUAUCUGUAUGUUUAUCGUGAGGACCUGCAACACUGAUCACUCAAGUUAGAGUUUUUAUGCAAGGAAAAGGAAGCUCUCGUCAGGUGACUGUACCCAUUGUAAAAUAAAUUAAAACUAUUUUGAAA